CCCGCCGCCUCCCUCCCCUUCCUCCCGCCUCCCCGCCCCCGGCUCCGCAUCGCCGCGGCCGGAGCGCACGCCGCCCGCCCGAGGAUGCUCCGCGCUUUUGUUCCCCCGCCGCAGCCUUUGGAAGGACUCUCGUCCUGACUCGGUGAAGGUUCCUCUCCCUCUUCCCCCAGCCCCUCAUCCCUYCUCGGCGCGGCAGCCCACCCCGGAGGGCAUCACUAUCAGCCCUCUCCYGUGUGCCGGGGAAGUUGCUGACAUGCCUGCCGCCGGGUCCCGGUGCACCGGCAGCGGCGGGGAGCCGGAUUUAAAGGGGAAUUGUGCUGCAGACAAUGCACAGCAGCAGCAUCUGGAGCGGCCCUGGGGACUGGAGCUCCGGUUUUGACAUUGCUGCACACACAGCACCAGCCGCAAUGACAGCAGCUGCCUGGAGUGGCUGCAGGCAGCAGGCAGGAGCAUGAAGUAGAGAGAUCACUGCAGUGCUCAAGAUGAACUCCUCUUUGGUUGGCAACCAGAGUGGCCGGCCCUUCUGUCUCCUGGCCAUUAGCUAUUUGGAGACCAUCAAUUUUUGCCUCYUGGAAGUGGUUAUUAUUGUGUUCCUCAUGGUGCUGAUUAUUUCGGGCAACAUUAUUGUGAUAUUUGUCUUUCACUGUGCACCUCUGCUGAACCACCACACCACCAGCUACUUCAUCCAGACUAUGGCGUAUGCUGACCUCCUGGUGGGCGUGAGCUGUCUGGUGCCUUCUUUGUCUCUGCUGCACUAUCCUAUUGUUUUGAGUGAGUCCUUGGUUUGCCAAAUCUUUGGUUACGUGGUAUCAGUGCUGAAGAGCGUCUCCAUGGCCUCCCUGGCCUGCAUCAGCAUUGACAGAUACAUUGCCAUCACCAAGCCGCUGACCUACAACACGCUGGUCACCCCGUGGAGGCUGCGAAUCUGCAUAUUGACCAUUUGGCUCUACUCCUGCCUGGUCUUCUUACCCUCCUUUCACUGGGGAAAGCCUGGAUAUCACGGGGAUGUGUUCCAGUGGUGCGCCAGUUCCUGGGACACCGAUCCCUAUUUCACCCUCUUCAUCGUGGUGAUGCUCUAYGCCCCGGCCGCUUUCAUCGUCUGCUUCACUUAUUUCAACAUUUUCCGCAUCUGCCAGCAGCACACCAAGGAGAUCAACGAGCGGCGGGUGCGCUUCAGCUCGCAGGAUGGGGAGGCUGGCGAGGCCCAGCCCUGCCCGGACAAGCGCUAUGCCAUGGUUCUCUUCCGCAUCACCAGUGUCUUCUACAUCCUCUGGCUGCCCUACAUCAUCUAUUUCCUGCUGGAGAGCUCYAAUGUCUAUAGUAACCGCGUGGCGUCCUUCUUGACCACCUGGCUUGCCAUUAGCAACAGUUUCUGCAACUGUGUCAUUUACAGUCUCUCCAACAGUGUCUUUCAGAAGGGGCUGAAGCGUCUCUCGGGGGCCAUCUGUGCCUCAUGUGCUAGACAGAGGGUAGCUAAGGACUCCUCUACCUCCAGGAGCAAAAGAUCUUCCAAUGGAUGUCAUGUCUAGGAUGCCUGUCAGCUGGACUGGGAAGUGCAGGGACAAUUGCGUAGAUUGCAAAAUAACUUAGAUAUGAUUUUAAGCUGUCCAGAUUUGCAAAAAGGUUUCUGAAAAAAAUGCUGCUGACGUAGAAGCAUCAGGAGCACAUAUCCUUGUGGUUUCACUUUAAAAAAUGAUUGCUGUGGAGGAGGCUGUGGAUUUUCACCUCCACAUUCAUUUUAAAGAAUAAAGCUGUAUCUUGACACUUACCUCUCCAGCUGGUGUGACUGAAUGGAGUGGGUGUCUGAGAGCUUCGGCAAAAUGUAGUCUUUCUUACAGCUUUACUGAGUUCUUUGGAGAUUCGUGCUUCACAUGUAAAUGAUAGAKCUGAAGUGGAAAUGUCACAGUCUAUGGUAUAUUACAGGGAUUUUUUAAUAUAUGCCAAAGUAUAUUGACACAACGUUCCAGCGUCAGAACAGAAAGGGCCAAACAAUUUGUUUUGCAGUUCUACCUAGACAGGACUCGUAGAACAGGAGUGAACAAUGUGAACAUUUYGGUGUGAACUCGGUGUCAAUGAGCYGUGAGUGCAGCARUGUGAUCUGGGCAGUCACACUCUUAGGGCUGAUCUGAUUCCGUGCCCGUUUCCCUGGUAGGAUGCAUGUUUGGAUCAGAGUGCGGCAUCUGCGUUUUCCUGUUUGUUGUGAAGUAAGAAGAAAAACUUGGAUCAGACCAAAUUUAGCAGUUAAAUAAAAUGUGUUUUGAUAAGCUAAGAGAAAAUACGUGUUGCUUUAUGAUACUGGAGUUGUGGCAGCCACUCAAGGAUGAUGCCAACAUGUGAAAAUUAGUCUCAAACCAGUGGAGAAAUGCCACGGGUUUGUAUGUGGAAAUUUUCUCAAGAACAACUUUAAAAAUAACAUGUCCCCAUUUUUUUUUUUUUAAUCUAAAUUCUUCUGAUAUUUUACAUACUGGAACUUAAG